AAAGGCGAAAACCCCAGCUACUGACGUCAUUAAGACGACGGGUACAAGUGGUCAGGCGUAGAGGGAGACUGGCGGUUUUUCGUACUCGCGCGACUCUCCCAUCCCGAGGCGCCCGGUUUUCUCCUCUAAAAAACGCGGGUGAAAAAAGCAGCAGAUGACUGAGUGGGCGGUGUGUGCGAGUGUCUGGUCGAUGGUUGGUUUUUAUUCCCUCUUCCUCGUUUGUGGAGGGGAGAGAACGAACGCUUCCUCUCCCUCUCUUUCUCUCUCUCUCUAAUUUCUCUCUCUAAACCUCUCUGAAGACUCUUUUUCUCUCUUUAUUUAUAUCACACUCCUUCUCUCUCUAAGCCUCUCACUUUUGAUAGCUUGGGGAUGGGAACUAGGGGGAGGUUUACUGAGGGGACAGCAGAGUGAUGGAGGAAGAAUUCAGGAUAUGGAAUUCGAUUCGGGAAUUCCGAUGUCCCGCUCGGCCAUGACCGAGGGUUCCUCGCUGCGGACGACGCUGAAUGAUGAUGCAAUGUGGUCAAUGAACUUGAGAUCUACCGAAUCAAUGGAAUCGGGGCCAUAUCCUGAGCGUCCUGGAGAGCCAGACUGUUCUUAUUAUAUCAGAACAGGCCUAUGUAGGUUUGGAGCAACCUGCCGAUUUAACCAUCCCCCUAAUAGGAAGCUGGCUAUUGCCGCAGCAAGGAUGAAAGGAGAGUUCCCAGAAAGAAUGGGACAACCUGAAUGUCAGUACUACUUGAAGACAGGAACUUGCAAGUUUGGAGCCACAUGCAAGUUUCAUCAUCCCAAGGACAAGGCUGGGGUUGCUGGGAGAGUUUCCUUGAAUGUUUUAGGCUAUCCACUUCGUCUGAAUGAGAUUGAGUGUGCCUAUUAUUUAAGAACCGGACAGUGCAAGUUUGGAAGCACUUGUAAAUUUCACCAUCCUCAACCAUCCAAUAUGAUGGUUUCUCUACGUGGGUCUCCUGUUUAUCCGUCCAUCCAAUCUCCAACAACUCCUGGUCAGCAGUCAUAUGCAGGAGGAAUCACAAACUGGCCCUUAUCUAGGGGAUCUUUUAUUCCCAGUCCACGGUGGCAAGGUCCUUCAAGCUAUACGCCUUUGAUAGUACCUCAGGGAGUGGUAUCAGUUCCUAGCUGGAAUGCAUACAGUGGCCAGCUGGGGUCAAUUUCAUCUUCAGAAGGCCAGCAACAAACGGCGGGAAACAGUCAAAUUUAUGGGACUUCGCGUGAGACAAAUGCAGGAUCUGAAGGGACAUAUCCUCCAUACCGUUCUGGCACAAUUCCUGUAGGAUUUUAUGCAUUACAGAGAGAGAAUGUAUUUCCUGAGAGACCUGGUCAACCUGAAUGCCAGUUUUACAUGAAGACUGGAGAUUGUAAGUUUGGUGCAGUUUGUAGGUUCCACCAUCCUAGGGAGAGAUUGAUUCCUCCUCCAGAUUGUCUUUUGAGUUCCAUUGGCCUUCCUUUACGUCCAGGAGAACCUUUGUGCGUUUUUUAUUCCCGUUAUGGUAUCUGUAAGUUUGGUCCAAGUUGCAAGUUUGACCACCCUAUGGGAAUCUUCACAUACAACCUUUCAGCAUCUUCAUCUGAUGCCCCAGUUGUUCGGCGUUUGUUGGGGUCAUCAUCAGGCACUUCUCCUUUGAAUCUAUCAGAAGGACUUGUUGAAUCAGGCUCAACAAAGCCCAGGCGACUUUCACUGGCAGAAACAAGACAAAUGCCUUCUGGUGACAAUAAUAUUGAUGCAGAGUGAUAAAUGUUUGUUCAAGAAAUUUUCCAGUUAUUUCCUUGCAGUCUUUUGAAGGAUAAAGAAGAGUUAUCUGUAAAUUCAUUUUUCAUUGCUGAAGAUGGAUUCAUGUUAAGUCAAUCCUGUUCUGAAAAUGCAUUAAACUCAACAAACUACUCAUCGGACUUCAUGCUCUGUAUAAAACUGCAGUAUUUUCCCAAUUUGUUGAAAUCCAAUGUGAACAUUCAUCUCCCAAAAA